AUGGACAAGAUUGAUCAUUUAAUUUUUAUAAGCCCGCUGUCUGCUAUUCAAGAGGCUGAUAAGAAGUUGUUGGAAGACGCUGGAAUACGCCGGGCAGUUGUCGCUAUCAACGGUCCUCUACCUGAGCUAGCUCCACAUAUAGACACUCUCCACUUGGACAUACAUGACGAUGAGAACGAGGACAUACUUGAGUUACUUCCGCGAACUCUCGACUGGAUCGAUCAAGGUAUCAACAGCAACUCACCAACGCUCCUUCUUUGCCAUGCAGGCGUUAGCAGAUCUGCGACAGUUGCAACUGCUCACUUGAUGCGGAAAUACAGUCUCAGUCUGGAAGAUGCUUUGGUUAGAGUGCGCAGAUGCAGACCUAUAGCUGAUCCAAAUCCGAAUUUCAAGCAUCAACUCAAAAUAUUCCAGUUGGCGGGAUGGUCCGUAUCAGAUAGCAAUCCUCUAGUGAGACGGUAUAGACUACUGCAAAAAGCCAAGAGUAUCGCCGGGGAUGGUCACGGUACUCGUUCUGAUAUCGACAAUAAAGAGGGCCUGUUGCAUCUUUAUCAGCAGAAGCAGCAGAAAAAAAUAAGCAGAACAACAGCGGUUAGGUGUAAGCAGUGCAGAAUGAAGCUGGCUGGUUAUGACGACAUUGUGAUGUACAUACCUUCAUCGCCCUUUUAUGUCGAAUCCCUCGAAUGGAUGAAUUUAGUCGGCGGAGAAGUAUCAGGGAAGCUCUACUGCCCAAACGACAAAUGCAAAAAUAAAGUAGGGACUUAUGAUUGGACAGGAGUUAAAGAUUCAAGCCUUAAUGAAUAUGUCGUGCCAGCUAUAAUGCUGCAUCAGAACAAAAGCGAGGUUUAUCAGAUAGGAGCAGCUGUGAACAAUCCUUUGUCACUUCUGCGACCGGGCGUUUAG